GGCGGGGUCACGGGACGUGUGGUCAGGACUUGCGGGAGACUGAGCUCAGUCUGUUCAGGAUCGGCGGCGCGGGAGGAGUGAAGUCACAAUGGUUCUGCUCCACGUGCUGUUUGAACAUGCGGCGGGCUACGCCCUGUUUGCGGUGCGGGAGGUGGAGGAGAUCGGCAUGCUGCUGCCGCAGGUGGAGGAGUCUUUGUUGAACAUCGGCAAGUUUAACAGCAUUGUGAAGCUGGCGGCCUUCUUCCCCUUCAAAUCCGCCCACAGUGCCCUGGAGAACGCCAACGCCAUCUCUGAAGGGGUUCUUCAUGAGGACCUUAAACUGUUCCUGGAGACCAACAUGCCGGCCAAGAAGAAGAAAGCGCUGCUUGGUGUGGGGGACGCAAAGAUCGGGGCUGCCGUACAAGAGGAGCUGAAGAUCGCCUGCCAGACCGGCGGCGUGGUGGCCGAGAUCAUAAGAGGGAUCCGGCUUCACUUCCACGCCCUGGUGAAGGGCCUGACCGCCCAGUCGGCCUCCAAGGCUCAGCUCGGUCUGGGCCACAGCUACUCCAGGUCCAAGGUCAAGUUCAAUGUCAACCGGGUGGACAACAUGAUCAUCCAGUCAAUCAGUCUGCUGGAUCAGCUGGAUAAGGACGUAAACACCUUCUCCAUGAGGGUCAGGGAAUGGUACGGCUAUCACUUCCCAGAGCUCAUAAAGAUCGUGCCUGACAAUUACACCUACUGCCGAAUGGCCAAGUACAUCGGGAACCGCAAGGAGCUGUCGGAGGAGAAGCUGGAGGCCAUGGAGGAGAUUGUCAUGGACAGCGCCAAGGCCCAGGCCGUGCUGGAUGCGUCUCGCUCCUCAAUGGGGAUGGACAUCUCACCGAUCGACCUGAUUAACAUCGAGAGCUUCUCCUGCCGCGUCAUCUCUCUGUCCGAAUAUCGGAAGACUCUGCAGGAAUAUCUGCGCUCCAAGAUGAACCAGGUGGCCCCCAGCCUGUCUGCCCUCAUCGGAGAAGUGGUCGGUGCCCGUCUGAUCUCGCACGCAGGAAGCCUUACGAACCUGGCCAAGUACCCGGCGUCCACGGUCCAGAUCCUGGGGGCGGAGAAGGCCCUGUUCAGGGCAUUGAAGACGAAAGGCAACACCCCCAAGUACGGUCUCAUCUUCCACUCCACCUUCAUUGGGCGAGCAGCUGCCAAGAACAAGGGUCGCAUCUCCCGAUACCUGGCGAACAAGUGCUCCAUCGCCUCCCGCGUAGACUGCUUCUCAGAAAUCCCAACGGCAGUGUUUGGUGAUAAGCUGCGGGAGCAGGUGGAGGAGCGGCUGUCCUUCUACGAGACCGGGGAGGUUCCCCGCAAGAACCUAGAUGUGAUGAAAGAGGCGCAGGAGGAGGCCACAAUACUGGUGUCUGAACUGAAGAGGAAGCUGGACAAGAAGGAACGCAAGAAGAAGAAACGAGAGAAGCGGCGCCUGGAGGCCCUGGCUGCUGCUGCCGCUGAAGAGGAAGAGGCUGCUCCUCAAGAGGAGGAGGAACCAAGCAAGAAGAAGAAAAAGAAGAAACGGAAGUCUGAGGGCGACGUCUCUGAGAACGGGGUUGAGGAGGCUGAGGAGCCGACUCCAGCCAAGAAGAAGAAGAAGCUCUCCACCUCUGAGGAGGCGCCGGCCUCCGCACACAAGAAGAAGCUCUCCACCUCUGAGGAGGUGCCGGCCUCCGCGCACAAGAAGAAGCUCUCCACCUCGGAGGAGGCGCCGGCCUCCGCGAAGAAGAAGAAGAAAUCUAAAGUGCAGCAGGAGGAGGAGAGCUGAGGGGGCGGGGCCUCCAGUUACAGACUGUGGGCGGAGCUUUGUGGCGGUGCACACGUCUCCGCCCUUACAUAGGUUUAUUUUUGUUUCUGUACAGAGCAUGUCCGCGGCCCCGUGUCAGGAGCCGCCAUCUGUCCGUUUGUCCAUUCACGGCAAUGUGAACCACAAAACAUUAAAGUUUGUAUAAAAUCAGA